AUGUUCUGCGCCGUAAAGCACCUGCGAGCGCCACUCGCGACUUUGAAACCAGUGCUUGCCGACUCGGUCGCAACGCAGAAUGUGAUCCGUCGGAUGAUUGGUGUAACAACAGCUCGUAAGGUGAACGCGAGCGCGAUCAACAGCAUUGCGGAGAAGACGAAGGGCGAGGGGCUGGCAGGGACAACUGCAAUAGUGGCGCGCGCGCACCUUUACCUGCUGUCACGGAAUCCCACAGACGCCAUUGCAGAAAUCGACGCUGUCCUGCCGAAGGUGCAAGAUGAGGCGCUGAAGCGGUUUGCGACUGGCAUCCGCCUACGCUCGCACAACGAACUGCUGGACAUGAAGGAGGCGGCACUAGGGGUUUCAGGCGGCGCUACAGAGGCGGAGGUGUCGGCCCUACGCUCCAAGUUGCAGAGAGAUUACAAGGAGCUGGUUGCAAGCUCUCCUGGGUGCUGGCUCGUGGAGCUGGCUGCUGCCGAGUACAGCCUUUACACCGGCGCGAGCGAGGAGGCUUACAACCACUUUACCUCAAUCGAAAAGAAAAUCCAGGAGUACAUCAAAUCCCCCAUCCACGUGUCGGAGCUGGUAGCUACCACCGACAACACGAACGAGUUCUCCCUGGUUGGUUUUCAGAUGCGACGUGCUCGCCCUGGGGUGAAGCCGGAGGGCGUCAGCGCCACGGUGGCUGAGGGGAUGAUGAACGUGAUGGCCGAUCCUGCUGCCGCGAAAGCUCUGCAACAAGCAAAAAAAGCCCUUGGUGGGCAGGUGACGGAUGAGGAGGCGCUAGAGCUGGCGGUCACACUGCAGGAAGCCAACGUGGGCCACCACUUCCACGAUUUUUUCCCCACAACCGAAGACCACUACGAUAAAUGGACGUCCGAGGCUGCACAAUCUGCGCAGCAGCUGAUUCAGGAAGCAUUGACACCUCACAAUGCGGGUCUCAAGCCGGAGGCCAUAGACCGGAUUCGUGCUUCGGUGCCCAGCAAGGCUUUUUACGACUCGGAGGAGAAGCUGCAUGCGCUGCUGAAGUCGGCACCGAAGGAUAAGAGUAUCAUUGCUUCCAUUCGCGAGACGUUUGGGCCCGGCCCAAGUACGCCGAUCAGCUCAUCGGAUCAGGCGGUUGCCGACGCCGUGGAAUCUGUGCACCUGGCGGUCGUCUCGUCGGACACGGCUGGAGCGACGGACUACGCAAAGCGCGGAAAAGAGAUCGCUAAGGCUCUAGCGAGGCAGUUGCUCUACCGCACACAGGUUCAGAAGUGUGUUGCACUGACAGAGAUGAACCGCCUGCAGGAGGCCGUGGAGGCUGUCACUCCAGUGAUCGAUGCGAACGAGUACAUUUACAUGUGGCGCGCACUCUUAGCUCGAAGCCGUGCCUUCAAGGGUCUCGGGCUCAUCACCAAAGCCGACAAGGACCUGAAGGAGCUGAACCGCCUCAAGCACAGCCUCACAGAGCGCACCCCAUAUGAAAAGAACUAG